AUGGCGGACCCAGCUUCAAAUACUGGUCCUAAUACAAUGCUAAAGCACGCUGAAUUGACCACGCACCUCCCUCGUAUUGCCAUCAAGUUCUGUACUCAGUGUCGAUGGAUGCUCCGUGCUGCAUAUUUUGCGCAAGAGCUCCUCUCAACUUUUGGUACUGACCUUGGUGAGGUCGCCCUUGUACCUGUUACAGGGGGAGUUUUCACGGUUACUAUCUGGCAUGGACAGGUAACUGAAGGUGAGGUCUUUACGGAGGAAACUGUUCUAUGGGAUCGGAAGGUAGAUGGCGGAUUCCCCGAGGUCAAGGCUCUUAAGUCUCUUGUUCGAAAUGUUAUUGAUCCUACUCGGGAUUUGGGACAUACUGACCGGGCUUUGAAGAAGGCCCAAGCUGAGAAGGAAGAGAAGGAGGCACUAGUUGAUCAGAAGGAUGUGUGCCUUAAUAAGGAAGGUUGCGAGGAUUGCGCUUAG